AUGAAGAAAAAACUUACGGCUAACCAUAAGAUCACUAAGGAUGCUAAGGAAACAGUUCAAGAACACGUAUCGGAGUUUAUCAACUUUAUCACUAGUGAGUAUGAUGGAGAGAGAAGAGGAAAUAGAGAGAAGAGGAAGACGAUCAAUGAAGAUGAUUUGAUUUGGGAAAUGGCUAUUUUAGGGUUUGAAGAUUAUAUUGAUGCUCUUAAGCUUUACUUGUCUAGAUAUAGAGAGAUGGAGGGUUUGAUACUAGCAAUUGUUGCAAGUCUAAUUCAGAUCUGUCUUGGAUCGAUUGAAAUUGGAGCUUUCUGCUUCUGCCCAAAUUGA